AUGCAGUCGAGCUUGGCAGAAGGUCAACAAGUUCAAUAUUCUCCAGUAAAUAUAACAAUCGAAGCCAUACCGAUAUGGGGACAAUGUCAUAAAAAAGUUGGAAAUAAUUUCAUAUUGAGAGAUGAAUCCGGCGGGGGUGAUUGCAUAAGAUGUUUUCAUUUAAAUCUAAGAUCUAAAAACGUAUUACAAGUAUUGACGGAAGGUUUGGAUAAAUGUUACACGAGCGAAGAAGUUGCCAAAAACACGUGUCCAAAUGCUAAUUCGGUUAAUUCUCACGCCAUUAAAGAAAUUCUUUUAUACAAAAUAAAAGACAUGAAUGGAGAACCGACAAAAAGAGAAUAUUGUCCGAUAAAUGGAAAAUUUUCAUUUAUUUAUAACAUAAACGAUGGUUCGGAUACAAAAAUCGAAUGUCCGCAAUAUACAUCAAAAGCGGACAAUUGUCCAUCGGGUUCAACGUUUAAUUUACAUUUUAAAAGAUGUUCUUUCGAAGAUCACGAUAUAACUUUCGACUGUUUGGGUCAUUGGGAUGGACCAAAUAAUGAAAAAUAUUUAACGUUACUCGAUACUAGAUUAUUCAAAUCAAAUCCGAAAACUGGAUUGAUACACAUAGCAUUUUCCAGCGAUUCGACAUGCGGUACCGAUUUAGUUAGUGCAACGGAAGGUUACGAAGUAUUAACAUUUCCCAACUGGUCUCAAGGUGUUUGGGAACAUUUACACAUAGAUGGUAACGGAUUAACUUAUAGAGAUCAUUCAUCGUUUAAAACGUUUAAUCUAAGAUGUAUAGGAUCUGAUACUGGAGUCAGAGAAAGGAUUCCAGUUUUUGUUAAAUCUCAUUGCGGAGAAGAAAAAGAAUAUAAUUGUUUAUGGCUUAAAAAAAGAAGUGAAAACGUUUUGGAAUUUCAAUUGAGACAAAAACCGAGUGCUUACUAUGACGAAACACUUUGCGAAGAUGAAAAUUUCGACAGGUUGGAUAAAAACGAAGAAUCCCCAUGUCCGGUCUCGGGUUUAUACACGGGCAACAUACCAGACGAAACAAGUUUGUGUGCGAGGCUGUCAUCCAAUUGUGAAUCCCUAGACGUUAUGUUUUACAGCGUUAUGGAUUGUGCAUCGCAUCAAGUGUUCGAAGAUAGAGAAUAUAGAUGCUUGGGCCAGUGGAAAGAAGGAAAUUUAUUAUAUACUUACACACAAAGAACGGAUGCGAGCGCUUACGAAUGUUUCGUCGGUUUCAUUAUGUCGAAUCACGAAAUAUACAUCAUAGAAGCUGGAGAACACUGCGAUAGAAAAUUAGAUCCAUUUAGAUUCGGAAUGAAAUUUAAAAUAAUUCCGCCGCAAACAACGACGACUUUAUCAACAUUGAAACCCAUAAGGCCAAGUUCAUCGAGACCACCGUGGAAAACAUUGACCGAACCGCCAUAUUUAGAUAUCGAAUCGAACGAUGUAUCGUCAUCUCGUAAUUCAGCAUCCCAUACAUUAUCAUUAUCAUCAUAUAAAACUUUGUUCCUAUUAGUUAUUGUUUUAAAUCAAUUUUUUAAUAUUUUCGAACAUACGUAA